AUGGUAGAACAUGAUGGCUUGAUGAGAGUGUUUUGGCCGACGGACGCCUGCAGCUCCGAUCGGCCUGGCGUGGUGGUGGGAUGGAGGAACUCGACGCUCGACGUGCUCGUCGUCGCCAUCCUCGAGGAUGUGGAUGCCCGCGACGUCGAGUUUCACCUCAAGCUGGGCACCUUUUUCCGCAGCUGUCCCCAUAGCCCCAACCGCAUCUUCGACACGUGCGGCCACUCGUCGAUGCACGUCCUGGGCGUGUCCAACAGGGCCAAGGCGGACGAGGUCGAUGCCUCGUGGGUCUGCGCGGCCAUGACGGCGUCGUCGAGGCGGCCGACGAUUGACUGCGCGCGGGCGUCGAGCAUCCAGCUCAUCCUCUACGACCGGCCCGAGCCGCGGCGCAUGCAGUACAUCUCCCUCGACCCCAUCGCGCUGGCGCUCGGGGACAAGAGCUCCCGGCUCGAGGACCCGCCCGUCGACGGGCCCGAGGGCGAGAUGGAGAAGCAGGAGCGCGAGGCCAAGGAGACGCGGCGCAGGCUCGUCGAGAAGCUCAAGCAGCACACCAUCACCCACCGGGCCCCGUCGGCGCGCGACCGGGCGCUUCCCAAGAUUGUCAACCAGGUCAACUGGUCGUGGGAGGUGGACCGCACGCUGCAAAAGAACGUCGGGCGGCUCGGCCCGCGGCCCCGGCGGACCCAGAGCGUCUCAGAGCGCGUCGUCGAGUCGGCCACGACGAUGCGCAACUACGUCCUGCGGCAGCUGUGGGCCUUCUUCACCGUCUACCUCUUUCCCACCAUCCGCCGCGGCUUCUGCGUCUUUUUGCUCGGCCAUCGCAUGGUGGCCGAGGUGCUGCUCGUCAUGUUCGAGUUUCGGCCCAAGCCGGGCGGCGCCGCGCUCAAGGACAUCUCGGCGACGGCGCAGCAGAUUGAGAUUCGGCUGCAGCAGUUUUGCUACUGGCCCAUGCAGUACUCGACGCUGCGGCAGCGCAAGAUGAACUGGGCCAGCGUGACGACGAGCCACCCAGACUACAUUCGCUUCUACAACAGCCUGUGGCUGGUGGCCAACGACGUCAUCAUCGGCAUGGCGCUCGGGUCGUACAUCAUCGAGCACGCGGACUGGGUCGCGGCGCGCAUAGGGGACCUGCUGCGCGAGUACACGGUCGAGGCGCUGCGGAGCAGCAUCGAGUGGCUGAUGGGAUGGCCCGCCGGCCUCAAGCUCAACGGCGAGCUGGCGGCGUUUCUGGGGGACCUGUUCCUGUGGGUCAUUGACUACUGGUCGAGCUGCAUCGACAUGCUGAGCCCGCUGCUGCCGCGGCUUGUGUGGUUCAUAGGCUUUUCGUCAUUCGCCGGCGCCAGCAUGCCCAUUGCCGUCUUCUCCGACCUGCUGUCGGUGCUGACGGUGCACAUCUACUCGUUCUACCUGGCCUCGGCGCGCAUCUACCACUGGCAGCUCACGAUCCUGCAGUCGCUGUUCCACCUGUUCCGCGGCAAGAAGCACAACGUCCUGCGCAACCGCAUCGACUCGUGCGACUACGACCUGGACCAGCUGCUCGUCGGCACCAUCCUCUUCACCCUGCUCUUCUUUCUGCUGCCCACGGUCGGCGUCUUUUACCUCAACUUUGCCAUUGCCCGGAUGAUCAUCAUCUCCAUGAAGGCCGGCUUCGACACGAUGCUGUCGUGCCUGAACCACUUUCCGCUGUUCGCGCUGAUGCUGCGGAUCAAAGACCCGAGGCGGCUGCCGGGCGGCAUCCGCUUCGAACUACGCGACACCCACGACUGCGCGCGGGCGGCCGUCGACGCCGACGAGUCCAACGAGCCACCGCUGCCGCCGCCGCCGACGUCUGUCAUUUACCUCAAGUCCAUCCCGCUGAGCUUCGGGGCCAUGUUCCACCAGUACUCGCAGAUGGCCCACCGCAUACGCAAGCACUACCUGUCGCCGCGGGUGCUGCUGUGCCUGCUCACGGGCCAGUUCGUGCCGCCCAUCAACCGCAAGAACCUGUACAGCCUGCAGUACAGCAUGCUGCCCGCGCGGAGGGCGACGGUGUGGGAGAUGUGGCGGGCGCUCAACGUGGAGCUGCCGCAAAAGAAGGCAUUCCCGCUGCCCGCCAUCCCGCCGCUGCCCAACGGACGGAGGGGCGCGGCCGGGCGGACGAGGUCGUACCACUGA